GUAUUACUUAGGAAGAAAGAAAAAACUCUACUUCCUCGUCUAUUCCUACUUUAGUAUCCUUCCUUUACUUCCUUAACAUUUGUCAUUCACCCUUUUAUUAACCAAAAAUCAAUCCUCAAUAUUCUCUCUAAAUCAUAAAAUGGGCAUUGAAAAGCUCAAAUCUUUUGCAAGCUUCCUUGAUAAAUCUAUGCCCUACAUUGCCAUGAUUCUUCUACAAUUUGGCUAUGCAGGCGUGAACAUUAUAACCAAGCUUUCUCUCAAUGGAGGCAUGAGUCACUAUGUUCUUGUUGUUUAUCGCCACGCUUUUGCAACUAUUGCUAUAGCUCCAUUUGCCAUUAUCUUUGAAAGGAAGGCUCAACCAAAGGUUACAUUUCAAAUUUUCUUCCAAAUUUUUCUCCUAGCUGUGCUUGGGCCAGUGAUAGAUCAAAACUUCUACUAUGCUGGACUGAAAUUAACAUCCCCAACCUUCUCAUGUGCAAUGAGCAAUAUGCUUCCAGCCAUGACAUUUUUAAUGGCGGUUUUAUGCCGGAUGGAAAAGAUCAAUAUGAAGAAGUUAAUAUGCCAAGCAAAGUUGGUGGGAACUAUAUUAACUGUGGCUGGGGUAAUGUUGAUGAGCUUUUACAAAGGCCCAAUUGUGGAGUUAUUGUGGACUAAAGAUAUAUCUCAUAGUAAUUCCAAUGCAACAAACAACACAAGAUCCUCAAGCAAGAAUGAUUGGCUCUUAGGCUCAAUUUUUCUAACUAUUUCUACCAUUGCUUGGGCAUCCUUCUUUGUGUUACAAGCUAAAGCUUUAGAAACAUACAAGAAUCAUCAACUAACACUCACAUCACUUAUAUGUUUCAUUGGCACGCUUCUAGCUUUUGCUACCACAAUGGUGAUGGAACACAAGACUUCUGUGUGGACAAUUGGAUGGGAUAUGAAUUUAUUGGCUUCUGCCUAUAGUGGAAUUGUUUCAUCAAGUAUAUCAUACUACGUACAAGGGUUGGUAAUAAAAAAGAAAGGGCCUGUUUUUGCAACUUCAUUUAGCCCUUUGAUGAUGAUCAUUGUAGCCAUCAUGGGCUCCUUUAUCCUUGCAGAGAAGAUUUUUCUUGGAAGUGUGAUUGGUUCCAUCUUGGUUGUCAUAGGCUUAUAUUCUGUUUUGUGGGGAAAGCACAAAGAACAAGUGAAUAAUAGAGUGGUAGAUGAUAAUUCCUCACCUAUAAAAGGUGCUCGAGUAAAUGGAAGUAUUAUGACACCUAUUGAAUCCAUUGAUCAACUUUGUGAAGUAAAAUCUGAUCAGAAAGUAGAAUCAAACAUUUCUCUAGUUAUUGUUACAACACAUGUUAAUAACCAAUAACCAAAGGCAUAAUAAGCAAUAUGAAAUAUAUGCAAUUAUGAACUACAAAUUCAUUGGAAUUUGUAAGAGUUUGUUGUUACAUUAGUUAAAGCAUUUGAAUUUGCUUUAACCAAUACUUGAAUAACAAUUUGAAUUUGAAUA